GAGAAGGCCCCCGCGCACGUGUGUCCGCGGCGACGGGCGGCGGCCAUGAGGCGGCCGAACGUGCUGAUCACCGGCACGCCGGGAGUUGGGAAAACCACGCUGGGAAAGGAGCUGGCGUCCAGAGCUGGGCUGAGCUACGUCAACGUGGGGGACCUGGCCAGGGAAGGGGAGCUGUAUGAAGGCUUUGAUGAGGAGUACGACUGCCCCAUUCUGGAUGAGGACAGGGUGGUGGACGAGCUGGAGGAGAGGAUGAGCGAGGGAGGGGUGAUUGUGGAUUACCAUGGCUGCGACUUCUUCCCCGAGCGCUGGUUCCACAUCGUGUUCGUGCUUCGCACGGAGAACUCGUGUCUGUACGACAGGCUGGAGAGCAGGGGCUACACGGGGAAGAAGCUGCAGGACAACCUUCAGUGUGAAAUUUUCCAGACUCUGUAUGAGGAAGCUGUGUUGUCAUAUAAAAAGGAAAUUGUGCACCAGUUACCCAGCAACACUCCAGAGGACCUAGAGAGGAAUUUGGAUCAGAUUAUGCAAUGGAUUGAGCAAUGGAUGAAGGACAACAACUGACUUUUGGUGGAACAGUAACUGCUGCAUCUCUUGGGAGGGAGGGAGGGUUUAAUAAAUUAUAUUCACAAUUCUUGUAUUAUAAAUGAACAUGGAUUUUGUUAAAACUGGCUGGGGGGUAGAAGAAUAUUCUGAACAGCCAGGUUGUGAAGGUUUGUGUCAUCACCCUGAGAGGCAUCAGGAGAAGAUACAAGUGGCUGGAAGGAUGAAAAUGAGGUUGCCCUGAGCAGCAGGAGCUGUGUUCAGUACAUGAGAAUUCCUUGGACCUUUCAAUUAAAACCAAACCAUGAAUUCCCUGCAAGAAAACUGUAAAAUCCUGGUAACAGUUGAGGCACUUUUGAUUUCCAGAGGAUGGAACAGUGUCCUGGAGAGGAGUUGGAUUGAUGCUGAGUUGUGGGACCAAAACCUGCUGUGCUCUGCUGUGGCCUCGGCCCUGUGAGGGUCGUGCAGAGUGAGAGGGUUUGGUACAGGCUGAGGUGUGUCCUUUGCUUUGGAGGGCAAAGAAGUGAUGCGAGAGCUGUUCUGAAAUGAUUGCACAGAGCUUUGGGGAUUCCUUCCUGUGUAAGGAAACGUCAGCAUUGGUGCGUGGCGCGUUUAACAAUAAACUCUAUUUUCCUUUUU